ACUUAGACUAAUCCAAGUCAGCCGUCAAUGAAGGACCAGAAUCGUCAACAAUCGAUUGGACAUUCUGGGACCCUCCUCUUCAUCCUGGCCACAAACAUACCUCCACAGCACCCUACGAAAUCGACGCAACGGCUACUCUUUCCAUGCUCACUAUCUACGAGAAACGUGAACCACAGACUAUAGGACCCAUUUCUCGUACAAAUCAGAUUACUCCCGUUGAGCCUACACACCAUCAUCACCGGACCUCUACCGUAUACGUCACUGUGACAGAAAUUCCGUAUGUCUCGACAUCUACUCCACACCACCACCCUCACAGCGUGACUACAUACACAAUUAUAGUCUCCAGCUCCACCGAUGACUCCUAUCCAUCACCAACCGGUACAGUGAUCGAAACCACCGUAACUCUCCCCUUCGCCCCAACCUCUACUGGAUCCGACAUCGACGCCACCGUCACCCUCCCAUUCAUCUCUUCGGCAACCGAAACCGACGAUGCCACCACAGUAACAGAAUUCGUAAUCAACACCCCAACACCGCUCGCUAAACGGGACGCAGAACCACAACUCCCAGACUCAUUCACGCUCGGAUGGCCAAUCAGUGCUACAUACAUUUCCCCGCCAAAGGAGAACCCGUGUCAGAACAACAUCUUCGCUCCUCCGGAGUGGUGUUCUAACGGAUCGCCCACGUUUGGAAUUACGACUGUUACGGUAACGUACACAGGCACUGUGUUCGAGAACACGGCUACGCUUGCUCCGCUCACGAUUGGUGAGCCGGGGUGGGGUCGUAGGGAUAAACGAUCCAGACUGAGAGCAGAGGUGGAGGAGAAGGAGAGGAGACAACAGCUUCUUGGGACGCAGACGAGGAGCUUUACUUAUGCGCCUGGUACUAGUGCCCCGCCGUUGGUGUAAGUAGACAGAAGGAGGGUUUGUGCUCUGUAGGCAAGAGGUUCAAGAGGCAUGAUGGUUCUUUUCUUGUACGUAAGUCUGGAUUGGAUUGGAUUAGGGAGCAUACGCAUUAGCAUUAGGUAGAAGAAUGGAUUUUCAUUCUCUGGUACA